AUGUUGGAGGCUGAUUUUUCAGAGAAAGAGAUUUGGGAUGCUGUGAAGGAGUGUGAGGGGAAUAAGGCCCUUGGGCCUAAUGGAUUCAACCUAGCUUGUUACCAAAGGUGCUGGACUGUUAUGAAAGAUGAGGUGGUGCAGGUAAUGAAGGAAUUUCAUUUAAAUGAGAAGCUAGCUAAAGGUGUUAAUAGCUCAUUCAUAUCACUCAUUCCGAAGGAUUGUUCUAUUGGGUUGACAAAUUUUAGGCCAAUAAGCUUGGUAAGUUCAGUGUAUAAGAUUCUUGCAAAAGUUGAUCAAGAAGACUGUGCUAAUGAGGUGGUGGACGGGUGGAAGAAGACAAAGAGGAGAGGAAUUAUUCUUAAAUUGGAUUUCGAAAAAGCAUAUGAUUCAGUAAAUUGGGGGUUCCAGUAUUCUAUGAUGUCCAAUUUUGGUUUUGGUGACAAGUGGGUGGAAUGGAUAAAGACAUGCAUAUCAUUAGCAAUAAUCUUUGUGUUAGUUAAUGGGUCCCCAACUUCAGAGUUCUCUUCUCAUAAAGGGCUGAGGCAAGGUGAUCUCCUAUCACCUUUCCUUUUCAACUUGGUGGAAGAGGGACUGAAUAUUCUAAUGGAAAGAGCAAAAGAAGUAGGGCUUAUCAAAGGAGCUGCUAUAGGUCAUAGGGAACUGAAAUUGUCUCACAUUCAGUUCGCAGAUGACACUAUUAUUUUUUGUGAAGCAAAUUGGGAGGAAAUCAUUGCAGUAAAGAGAAUUUUGAGAUGUGCAAAUCCAAGGAAUAGGAGAACGUGGCAGCCAGUUGUUGAUAAGUUUAAGAAGAAAUUAGCUCUAUGGAAGAGGAAAUGUUUAUCAUUUGUAGGUAGAUUAACUUUGAUUAAGUCUGUAUUAUCAGGACUACCAGUCUAUUUUCUGUCUAUAUUUAAGAUGCUAGUGGGUAUUGCUAAGCAGUAUGGCUUGGAAGAUAAAGCAUUGUGGAAACAAGUGGUGUGUAGCAAGUAUGGUGAGAUUGGUGGCAGGUGGAGUCCAUUGAUAGUGGAGUCAGGGGGGGUAUCUAUCUUGUGGAAGGAUAUUCUGUCCUUAGCUUCAAUUGAUAAGGAUGGUUCAUUGUUUGAUUUUUAUCAAAGGAAAGAUAGGGGUGAUGACUGGAAUUUCAUGUUCAGAAGACAACUUUUUGCUUGGGAAGGGGAGGAACUAUAUAACUUGAAUGUGUAUCUUCAGUUGGCACCUAGUUUAAGAAAUCGAGCUAAGGACUAUUGUACAUGGUUGGCUAAUCCAUCUGGAGUCUUUUAUGUAGCUUCAUUAUGGACUUGGAUGGAUUCAACUCUGUAUCUUAUAGUUGAUGCUACUGCUAGUGUUGUUAUUAUUGGUGCUGUUUGUUGCUGCCUUGUCAUGGUUGUUGAAUUGUGCUGUUCAGAGUUGUUUUUUGGCUUCAAAAUUAUCUAUCAGGUGAUGCUCAGCUCACCAACUUCUGAUGGCGUGCUAGCUAAAGAUUGGGCAUUGGUGCCAACCUAA